ACCGGGCGAGUUCCCAGGCGGUUAUGUACGGUAAAAGGUAGAGCCUGGGGAAUGCUAUGGUAAAGCAGAAAGAGUCCCGCCAGCACUCCGGGCUCUCGCAUCUCGAUCUUCGAUCUUAUCUUUGAUCUUCCGGGAAUCUGGCGCCAGAGAAGAAACCCCCGGGCUAGAGCAAAUUUUGAAAUGGGUCACUUCAACCACCAAUCCGCAUUUGGCCCUGGGAAGGAGCUUUCCCCCUCCUCUUUGAAUUUUAUCUGAACCCUCAAGUCGGUUCAAUCCUCCACCUUUAGCACUUCAACGCUCAAUCGAAGCUACCGGUUUCCCACCUUGCAUUGCCUUGAACCGGUCUCGCCCAAUCUCGUCGUCUCAUCCGCAGAAAACCCCGCCUCCGUCACCAUGGAACAUUCCAACAAUCAUAGUCCAACCCCAGACGGUGUUGAUGUGGAUCUCGAAGUCAGCGAAUCUCUUGUCCCCAUGCGGGAUCUGAAAGCAGCUGAACAAAAUACCGUAUCCUUAGACGGUCUCCUGGCGGAACCCUUAAUCCUCAAAGAAGACCUCAAGGAAGGGUGUGGGGGCCAGCUAUGGCCGGCGGGGAUGGUACUCGCAAAAUAUCUGCUGCGACGGCAUCGCUUGGAUCUCUCGAAUAAAACGAUAAUUGAAUUGGGAGCCGGCGGCGGUCUGGUGGGGCUUGCGGUCGCACGUGGGUGCAACGUCGGGGAACCCCCAAUAUACAUCACGGACCAAGCGCCUAUGCUACCUUUGAUGGAGACGAAUAUCAAAAUCAACAACCUGGCCUCGACCGUGGUUGCUGGAGUGCUGAACUGGGGGGAGGCCCUGCCCGAUUCUAUCCCAAGGCACCCGGCCGUCGUCCUUGCGGCUGAUUGUGUUUACUUCGAGCCCGCCUUCCCUUUACUGGUCUCGACAUUAAGCGAUCUCCUAGGCCCGGAAUCCAUUUGCUAUUUCUGCUUCAAGAGGCGCAGGCGUGCGGAUCUUCGCUUUAUGAAAAUGGCCAGAAAGGUUUUCGAUGUGGAAAUCAUCACCGAUGACCCUGAUGCCGAAGCAUACGGGCGAGAGAAUAUAUCCAUCUUCUCCAUCCGUCCCAAGCACGGCGAGAAAAGGGCAUCGCGAAGUCAAUGAAGGAGAAAGCACUGUCCAGUCUCGCUAAUUGCCGCAAGAGGGGAGUUACGUGAACAUACAGGCUCCAGAGGGCGGGGUUUUUUUCCCGGGGGAUAUAGAUAGAUAUACAUGUAUAGAAGGUAUCCGGGCAUGGAACUGAAUCAAC